GGCAAGGAGUUAAUGCCUACCUGAUAGUCCCUUUGUGCCCUGUGGCGUCAGCCUCUGUUUGUCUGUGUGUUUUAGUUCCUUUUCUUUCUUCCUGUGGCCCAUUUCCUCCCUGGAGUGUUCCAGGAGGCUGGGUUAGAGAGAUUACUGUGGGGACUGCUGCUGCUGCCUGUGGUCUCAGGAGAACAAGCUAGUGUAUAUCUUCUCCUCCGCCACUGGGCCAGACACACACACACAAGCAUACGCACACUUCCGACUCCUUACCUAUCCUGUAGUGACUGGCCAUUCUGUGAAUGAGGAGUUGGUAUGUUCUCCCUAUGUGGUAUCCUAGGCUUAUCUGUUUCAAGAAGGGAAGGAUUACAGUCCCCAUCCUGCAGCUCAGGAAACACAAGAACCCCAUCUCCUCUCUUUCUGUAGCUCUCUUUCUAUCCACGGACUCUUUCUGCUGUACAGGGCCCCCAGUUAGCAUGUUAUGCCUAGCUGGUAGCGAAGGUAAUGUUGACAGUUUAUCUGCAGAGUAAACUGGAAGAGAACAACACUGUUUUAUUCCAUGUUCUAUUUUGCUCUCAAGACUACCUUCACCUUAACGGAUACCGUUAUUUACAUCAUACCAGACCGCUAUUUGUUCCAUAAUCAACAUGCUGUUGCCCUCAACGUUAUUUCUCUGAUUGAAAACUCAUUGUUACUGUGUUUACGAGUGUGUUUGCGGCUUUCUGUCUUUGCGAAUGUUAAAUGGCAGUAGACAAUAUGUGGGCACUGGGCCUGCAUUAUUUUAUCACCAGUCUCACCCUCUCAGUCGUUGGUCUGAAUGAGGAAAUGCAGUUUGGUGUGUGAGGUUGUUAAGGUUUAAAACGCUUCUGUCACACAGAGGGAAAUAGCUGAGUUCAGUUCAGCUCAUCCCUCCUCAUAACUCUGUUUUUCUGCUUCUUUCCUUUUUUCUCUCUCCCCUCCCUCUUCGUUUGCACGCUCUCUUCCCUCGAAGGGUUACCACCCAACAACCUGCUCCUGCUUGUGAUUGGUGGAAGUGGGCUGAGCGGGCGGGUCUGUGUUUGUGCUUGUGAGAGUUACCAGUCGAGCAAGUGCAGGCUGUCAGUGUCAGGAGGGUUUCAGUGGAGUCAGGCAGACCAGACUCUGGAAAGCAGAAGCAGCUGUGCAAACCUUCCUCUUUCAACCUCAGGACACAAAGGACUGUCUGUUCCUACACCUCUCUGCCAUCUGCUUUCUAAGGCCAGGAGGAAAAAAGAGAUUUAAGAUCAACAGACGCCGAUGAUAUUUCUCGCUCUCUCUCUUCCUACUUCCCUCCUGCACAGAGGAUCGAUAAUCACAGCCUCCUCUGAGGGAACCAAAGAAAAGGAGGGAUCGAAAUAAACGACAACAACAUCAUCAUACCCAGCGGCCUGCGUGUGGUUGUCCGACUGUCCCGUUGCGGUCCUGCUGCACUGUCCCCCCGAGGAGGGAGACUAAUGCAUGUGGCGCUGUACUCCGGGUCAGUGGAGGAUGAGUCCGGUCAUGGAGGCUCAGACCAUGCAGGCCAAGCAGCAGCAGACGCAGCAGCAGCUACAACACUAUCUGGAGAAAGGGGUCCCGCUUGAGCCCUUCAUGCACCAGGUGGGGGGCCACUGCUGCGUGCUGCGUUUCGGGGAGCAGACCAUCUGCAAGCCCCUCAUCCCCCGAGAGCACCAGUUCUACAAGAGCCUACCCAGCGCCAUGAGGAAGUUCACCCCCCAGUACAGAGGUGUGGUAUCUGUGAAUUUUGAGGAGGAUGAGGAGGGCAACCUGUGUCUCAUAGCGUAUCCACUGCAAAGUGACUCUGGGGUGGGGGACCUGGAGAAUAUAGACCCAUCGGUCAAUGACGAGCACAACAGCAAGAUGCACCAGUGGGGCAUCAAGCAUCUGUCUGCCCAGAGUCUGCUGGACUCACGCAAAGACAAGGACAAGAGUCAUAAGCUCGAGGGGGAGGUGUUGGCGUGGCUGCAGCAGGAGGAGGUGCCUGUGGGAAGCAGAAACGCCAUCCAACACAACCCCUGGAGACUCAAACUCCAACAGAAACACCUGCAGAGGAUGAAGGAGAACGCCAAGCACCGCAACCAGUACAAAUUCAUCCUGCUGGAGAACCUGACGUGGCGUCAUGCGGUUCCGUGCGUGCUGGACCUGAAGAUGGGCACGCGGCAGCACGGUGACAACGUGUCCGAGGAGAAGAAGGUCAUGCAAAUCCGCAAGUGCCAGCAAAGCACCUCUGCCUCCAUCGGAGUACGCCUCUGUGGCAUGCAGGUAUACCAGUCAGACUCGGGUCAGCUCAUGUUCAUGGAUAAGUACAUUGGGCGUAAACUGACCCUGUCGGGCUUCAAGGAGGCUCUGUUCCAGUUCUUCCGUGACGGGCGGCGUCUGCGGCGCGAGCUGCUCUCCCCGGUGCUGCGGAGGCUCAGGGAGAUGCAGGCAGCUCUGGAGGGCUGUGAGUCCUACCGCUUCUAUUCCUCCUCCCUGCUCAUCAUCUACGAUGGUGAGCCGCCCUGCACACACACACGCAGAGGCCCCGAGGGCGGUCUGUCUGAGGAGGAAGAAGAGGAGGAAGUGGAGAAAGAUGAAGAGGCAAGUGCGUUUGGGUUUCCUGGCAGCAGUAGUAGUGGUAGCACUGAUGGUGGACGUCUGGCAGCCCGAUCUGAUACAGGCCCUGGCCCGGCGGUGGACGUGAGGAUGAUUGACUUUGCCCACACCACGUGCCCUGACUAUGUGGAGGACAGUGUGGUGCACGAGGGCCAGGACAGUGGCUACAUCUUCGGUCUACAGAACCUCAUCACCAUCAUAUCCCAGCUGGAGGACCACUGCACAGACUAAAACACACACACACAGUUUCUCUUCUCUCUAUUGGACUCAUAGAAGAAACAGCACACUGGACUACAGAGGCUGGCCAUAGGGGCACACUGAACAUUGCUGUAGCCAGUUUUUCCACAGGAGUCCUUAAUUUGGGUGUUUUUGUUUGUAUCCACAAGGGAUACAAAGGGCCAUGAAGGUGACAUUUGAAGAGACAUUUGCAAUCUUCUUUAGUUGACUCAGUGAGUUGUCGCCAUAAUCUGCUUACUCUGUUACCUAUUACGAAGUUGGUUAUUUUAUCCAGUUAUUUAUUUAGGGAAAAAGCAACACAAGGAGGUUUGAAAUGAAGUCCAAGACUGCAAGCAUGGAUUCCAACUGUCCAAAGGUGCCUGGCUUAUGCAAGCACACACACACAUGCACUGAUUUUGAUGUGUGCUACUGAUCGGGCAGAUGUACUUGAAAAAGCAAACAGAGGAACUGAUGUAUGUGUGUGAAAUAUUAAAGUUGAUGAGAGGAAAGAGAAAACAUAAUCUCAUCUUCCAUUUUUCUUCUAAACCAGUUUGUUUUUCCACCCUCUAUUCUUCACCUUUUGCAUUCAUAGAAGAUACUAUGUUAUAUUCAGAUAGCAAUUACAUUACAUACAGGGACUAUAGCUUUAUUUAUUUGACAUGUUUCUUAAAUAAAAUUAAAAUUAAAAAUUAAAAUAAUUGUA